AUGCGCCUUAUAACUUUUAGGCUUGAUGGCAUAAAGCUGGAGCAUAUAUUCUCAGGAAUAUCGAAACUGAUAAUUGAGUACCAAGUUGCUCUGUCUCAACUUACGGAGGACAUUAAGUCAAAAACUAUCCCCAUUACUUACGAGAAUGUAGUGUCAAAGUUGGACGAAAUUGUUUUUCCUGUCCAACAUUCCCUUCAGCUUGUUGAGAGCCUCGGUGCCACUAAUAACAAUCCUGCGUGGCGCCUUAUACUUAGUCGUUUGGUUACCAAACUUCUACGUGCUCAAAGUGAACAUCUGUAUAGUAAUGCUGAGAUUUAUGGUGCCUUGCACAAGGUUCUGCUUCAGUUGGAUCCGCAGGAUGAACUCAAAAGAGGAGUGGUUGAGCAAUUGCUGGAUGAAGGCUGGUCUAACGGGGCAGCUCUUGCUUCUACUGCUGCGGGCAAGGCUGAACCGUGUAGCUCUUGUAGUACUCCGCACUUUCCACAUAAGAAUGGGAAGGAUAACUGUCGAAAAUCUCUUAGCCAACUCUCAUACCUCCGUUCUGAACUGACAAAGACGGAAAACAUGUUUGAACAAAUGGUCACCAACAGUGCCUACGUCAGCACUCCCGAGACUAUCAGUCAAGCCUCAAUUACUGGUCGCUACGACAACGCUAGACGAAUUGGGGCACAUUUACCCGGUUUCCUCACUAAUGUCCUUGUCCCAAAUUCGCCUGGAUACAUACCGGUCGCGGAGUCUGAUCUCUCUCCAUCCGCUCCCUAUUGGUUUCCCUACGCACUGGGUGGAAAGCAGGAGGGUGGCUACUUUAAGGACAUGCGUGUCAACCUGAGCAUCGAUAAAUCGGCUAACAUGUUCCUUUGUCAUUGUAGCAAUAGAGAGCUGCGACAGGUAGUAUGGCGGGCACUAGUGCAGCGAGCGAGUCAGCGAACCUUUGGUGGCUCUUCGGGUCAGCACGCCUCCAAUGACGGUCGAAUCGAGCAAAUGCGGCGUCUACGGGCCCAAGUCGCCUCUACCAUGGGCGCGCCAGACUGGCUUUCCCUCGUGUGGCGGCGAACUGCCACCAGUGGCCGUGGGCCUUCUAGCCCCGAUGCCCUUGUCGACGAGGUACUCGAACCAAUUCGAAAAAAGUUGUUUUCGCUUGGCAAAAUCGAGUGGCGCAUUCUCAACGAAUGGGCUGAGCCUCAUCUGCGCAUCUCUCCUAGCCUGGAACAUUACGACAUCGCUUAUGCGAUAGAACAGUACAAUUUCACGAUGUCGUUGGCACCAGGAUCAAGUCUAUCCACCGACCCUCGGUGCAGACGCGUCCUGCCCUUCGAAGCAAGCGUGGAUCGGAUCUUUGAACGUCUUGGCGAUUUGUUUGGCCUCAAAGUUGUAAGAUUACCCCCGGGUGCGGGUCACGCGACCCGUCUCUGCAUUGCUGACAGUGUCUCAUAUGAAGUUGUCGAUGCGGAUAGGAGGGGUGUCAAACUCGGUGAAAUCCUGGUGAACCUCAAUUCCAAACAUCACUUCGGCGCCGCGUCUUUCGACAACGUGACGCCUGUGCCCCUUGUGACUCGCUUUCCAUUGCCUUCCAAGUCGCCCUCUCCCGUUGCCGCUGAGGUUUCCAUUGCCUGCAUGUUUGGUAAUCUCCCCUCUGACGCAAUUCGUAUCGGCCUCUCAGAAAUAGAGGCGCUGGAUAUCGCGUCUGCAUUUGGCAGGUGCCUGCAGCAUGUUGUCAGUCGAACACCCUCGUACGCUUUCACAGGUCUAACCACGCCAAUGCCGGGUGCAAGCUUUGCCGGUUCAACUGGGGGCAUUCCUGUUAGAGACAAUGCCUUCUUAACUCAGGACCUCAUAAGACUCCUUCUCAUUCGUUCUGGACCUAUGCGCCAAGCCAUUUUCGGAGAUGCUCUCGGUGAUUCCGGGACCAAUUGCGUCGUUGUCAACAAUGCGCACGGUAUAAGCCGAGUGAUGGCGUUGCCAUUCCUACGUAUCCUAUAUGAAUCGCGAUUCGAUCUUGAGUUAUGGGCAGGAGGUCAGUCAGCGUGGAAAACGUGGCAUGCCCUCUCUGAAUCGCUAUGGCUGCAGCAUAUGCCCUAUGCAUACCAUCCUGAUGACCAUUGGGCUUGUUCCGCUUUGGGCAUUUUCGGGUCUCGUGGUAUCCCUGGCAUGCGCUACUUCGAAGUUUGGCGUCAGGUUAUUGCUCUAGAUUGUCUCUCUGCCUUCACUGAGGCUGGCUUCGAGAAGCAGUGGGAUGCACAGCAGGUUAAGGAUCUAUUUACUCGGUACAGAAAAACAGUUCUUGAUCCAGGAACGGCGCUUUCUUGUCGCGACAUUUUCCAGGCUUUCAGGGGCCGCGACCCCUUGCCAGACGCUCUCCUUAAAACCUUCGAUGUAUCGCACAAACUGCUUCGGCGGUCUGCGUUUUCCUCGAACCCAGUUCCUUCUGAAGUCGUUGCAACGCAACAAAUUUGA